GGGCUCACUUAUCCAGAUUUCUUGACGGCUGAACGCUCAAUCCGCAGUUCAGACUUCACCUUAUAAACACAAAAUUGAGAAUGGCUUUCUUUGGAUUAGAUAGAGUAUCUAGAUUUUUUAACUUAAUAAAAGAAAAUGGUGGAUUUCGCCAAUCACUGUAUAAACUUUACAGGCAGAAUGACUUGAAGAGUGGAACUCUUGUGGGAACUGACAAGCUUGGCAAUAAAUAUUAUGAAAAUAAUGAAUACUUCCUUGGUCGCAACCGCUGGGUUAUCUACAGCCCAUCGCUUGGCACUGAUUUUGAUGGGAGUGCAGUGUCUCCCGCUUGGUUUGGUUGGCUGCAUUACAAGACUGACAUACCGCCUACCCAGAAAGAACAUGUGCAGUACAGCUACAUCGACACCACGCCGUCCCCCAACCCCACGGGCACCAACAAAGCCUACAUCCCCUACACCACUGGCAAGCCUAAGAUCCAGGCAUGGGUCCCUCCAACGCGAUCUUAAUUUCUGUGGAUGUAUACAGAUGUUCGAGAAGAGAUGAGUUUCUUCACAGGAGGAACUUUGAUCAGUAAAUCGUAAUCUUCGAAAAGGAGCAGGGGUGAAGUUAACACCAGGCGUCGGUUGUAGCAGAGAUGUAUAUAGUUUGACUAAAUAUCAGAGUAAAUGUUGUAACGAAGUC